GAAAGAGGGGAGCGCGCGGCGGGUUCACGGAACAGCUGGACGCACGCGCGCGAUCUCUGUCCACGGUACUGAGCGAGCUCCCGCGCCACAUUUCUUUUCUUGCUCUUUCUUUGUCAUUUUAUCUUAUUUUUUCUCUGCUUCAGGAUUUUCCGAAAGUGAAUUCUGAUGGAAUAUUCUCGUUUAUAGUUAAUAAGUAUGUCGGCACAAUGGAAAACCGAAGAAUUACAGAAGUCGAAGGAAAGGGAGUUUCAAAGAACAUUUCAGUGACUGUGAAUCAAGCUUUUAAUUGAUUGAUUGAUCGUGGUGUUUUAUAAGUCGUCUACGAGGAAUAAUAACGCAUUUGUAACUGGGUCAAAAAUCCUGCUCAGGUUUCCACACUCAAGGAAUAUGCUGAAACAUCUUAUAGCCAAUCCAAAUUAAAAUUUCUUGUUAAUAUCGAACGGAAUAUUGUCUUUGGAGAUGGAUACGAUGAAGGAACGAGUUUUGGCCCCCGGUAAGGAAAGAUUGAGGAAUCUGGCCGGGAAAACCCUGGGACACAUGCACAGGGUGAUGGAGAAGAAGCAGAAAGCGGGUGAAGUGAUCGAGCUGACGGAGGAUGGGCGGCCCGCGCAGCUCCGGGAGAAGAAAGCUCCUCUGUGCGACUGCACGUGCUUCGGGCUCCCGCGCCGCUACAUCAUCGCCAUCAUGAGCGGCCUCGGCUUCUGCAUCUCGUUCGGGAUCCGCUGUAACCUCGGAGUCGCGAUCGUCGGCAUGGUCAAUAACAGCACCGUUCACCGGGGCGGCAAGAUCAUCGUCACAGAGAAAGCAAAGUUUAACUGGGAUCCGGAGACGGUGGGAAUGAUCCACGGCUCGUUUUUCUGGGGUUAUAUAGUGACACAGAUCCCAGGAGGAUAUAUAUCCUCACGACUGGCUGCCAACAGGGUGUUUGGUGCUGCUAUCCUGCUCACGUCGACUCUCAAUAUGUUCAUCCCCUCUGCUGCGCGUGUGCACUACGGCUGUGUCAUCUUCGUGAGGAUACUGCAGGGCCUCGUCGAAGGUGUGACCUACCCAGCAUGCCAUGGGAUUUGGAGCAAGUGGGCUCCGCCCCUUGAGAGAAGUCGCUUAGCAACCACCUCUUUUUGUGGUUCAUACGCGGGCGCUGUGGUGGCCAUGCCGAUGGCGGGAAUAUUAGUGCAGUACUCAGGCUGGUCUUCUGUCUUCUAUAUAUAUGGGAGUUUUGGGAUUGUCUGGUACAUGUUUUGGAUUCUGGUUUCAUAUGAGAGCCCAGCAGAUCAUCCCACCAUUACAGAUGAAGAGAGGACUUACAUUGAGGAGAGUAUUGGAGAAAGUGCCAGUCUAAUGGGGGCGUCUGAGAAAUUCAAGACGCCCUGGAGGAAGUUCUUCACCUCCAUGCCGGUCUAUGCAAUCAUUGUGGCCAACUUCUGCAGGAGCUGGACUUUCUAUCUGUUGCUGAUCAGUCAGCCAGCGUACUUUGAAGAAGUGUUUGGCUUUGAAAUCAGCAAGGUCGGUAUGCUCUCUGCUCUACCCCACCUGGUCAUGACCAUCAUAGUGCCAAUCGGCGGCCAACUGGCUGACUUCCUGCGCAGCAAAAACAUCUUAUCCACCACCACCGUCAGGAAAAUCAUGAAUUGCGGCGGGUUUGGAAUGGAGGCCACUCUGCUGUUAGUGGUUGGUUUCUCUCACAGUAAAGGUGUGGCCAUCUCAUUUCUGGUGCUAGCUGUUGGUUUUAGCGGCUUUGCUAUAUCAGGUUUUAAUGUCAACCACUUGGACAUCGCGCCGAGGUAUGCCAGCAUACUGAUGGGUAUUUCUAAUGGAGUGGGCACGCUUUCUGGUAUGGUCUGCCCUCUCAUUGUAGGUGCUAUGACCAAAAACAAGACUCGUGAGGAAUGGCAGAACGUGUUCCUGAUCGCCGCGCUGGUGCAUUACGGCGGUGUGAUCUUCUAUGGGAUUUUUGCAUCCGGCGAGAAGCAGCCAUGGGCCGAUCCGGAGGAGACCAGUGAGGAGAAGUGUGGCUUCAUCGAUGAAGACGAGUUAGCGGAGGAGACCGGUGACAUCACGCUGAGCCAUGCUCCUUUCGGAGGCCAGGCCGCUCUUGGGGGCCCCGCCAAAACAUAUGGGGCCACGACGCAGCUGAACGGGGGAUGGGCGAAAGGCUGGGAGAAAACUGAGGAAUACAUCCAGGAGGACGCCAAGCAGACCUAUACAAGAGACGGGUACUCCUAGAUAGAAAGAGAUAGAAGAAAUAAAGACAGAUAGACUGUGUUUAAGCAUAGCUAUCGGAGUCAUUUUUGAAAAGAGUCUUUAACCAAUCAAAAGUGAAUAGAGAAGAUAUUUAAGAGGGCAUAAUAAUAAUAUUCAGAGAUAUUAAUGAGAAUAUACUGAUAAUUAAAUGAAAAAGUCAUAUUUAGGAUUAUACAAAGAAUAUAUAUGGCUAUUUAAAUGUUUCCUUUAAAAAUACAGAAAUGUUUAAUUAUUACUGUGGUUUAUGACAUUUAAUCAGCUGACAAUACUUAAUAGCACAGACAUCUGUAAUCAAAGCACAGGUCUUGGCUGUUUUUUUGCAGGUUUAAACCAGUUUUGUUUUAGUUUUGUGUCUUCUGCUAUAUCUUUAGCAGAUGAGUAGUUUAGUUUCGUUGGUCAGGACCAAUUAGUGUAGAGUUGUGAUGGGUAUAGUUUAGAUGAAUGUAGUUUUGUUCAAAAGAAACAAGUGUUUCACUCUGGUUUACAGAGCUCUUGUCAUUGACCUUACAGAAAAUAUGCAAAAUUUGGGUUAUUUAGCUAUAUUAUAUAACUUAAACCUACAAAGAAUGAUGUUUAUCACUAUGUACGUGUACUAUAUUACACAUUAUACACUAGUCCCUUUAUUUGGGACAUAAACCUAGAAGGUAGAGCAAAAUAGACAUUUACUAUUACUAUCUGAUGCAGAAAGAAUCUAAAAUAGCACAAAUCUGAAAGAUGAUGUGUAUUAAAAUAAGUGUGAAAUAUAUUGAGAAACCUUUAAAUAUUGAAAUGUCCUAAAGUACACUUGAGAACUUUUAAAAGUGCAAUCUUGUAUAAGUUUUGUUCAGCUAUAGUAACAUCAACAAUACAUUCAUGUGUGUGCUUGGCAAUACAGUCCUGUAUUUUAAGUGGUAUUAAGCUGGUCUUCAUUUAAAAUGUUCCGUUUUAACCAACAAUGACAUUUUCUAAGAUACUUGAAUGCACUGACAUGUUGUUAUUUGGGAAAACAAGUAAUUUCUAUCUUAAGUAUGUGUUUUGACAUGGGUUUACUGUUUCUGUGAGAAUGUUGUGAAUCUGGGUCAGUGAUAUCUGUGCUUAUUGGGCCAUAUUUAUCAUAGAAACUGUCAUAAGAGUGAGGUUGUCCGUUCGGGAUGUAUUGUGAUGCCACUGAGAUCAUUCCAUAUGUAUGGUCAAAUUCUGAUCUUCUGAUGUAUUCAAGUGUUGCCAUGCAAAGCUGAUGUAAUAUGUUGAGUGAAUUUCACAAAACCUGUUAGGAUGUGCAGGUUCUGUUUAAUCUAAAAAUCUAAAGAAAAGAAAUAUUGAAUUUUAUAUUGCGUUAAGAAAAUUAAAUCUGCUUUUAGGACCAUUUAAGUUUUUUUUUUUUUUUUUUUUUUUUUUUUUUAAUGCAUGUAUUACAAUCAAGCACAUUUAGCCCCAAAUUCUCAUUACCGUAAUGCAAAAGAAAAAAAAUAAGUAAUUUGCAUUACGGCAAUGCAAAAAAAAAUAAUAUCAAUACUACAAUGCUGUCAAAGUUAUAAAUAAAUAAAAACAACAAUAAUAAUCAUAAUAAUAAUGGCCCUACAGCUUAAUUUUCUUUGAAACUUGCACGUUUUUGUGAGAUUCACUCUGAUCCUCCAUUCAUGACACAAACCAGUGUGUUGUGUUUAGUCAGCCAGCAGUAAUAUAAGAUGAUGUGUCAAAGUCUUAAAAAAAAAAAAAAAAAAAAACCUAUUAAGAAAACGUACUGCAAUAAUUUACUGAUAACAUCAGCAAUCUUGUUAUAUACAACAUCUAAUUCAUUCAUCAAAUCUGAAUUGUGUCUAGUUUAUGGAGUCAUUCAAAUGGUUGGAGAGUCUUAUUGAAGCAUCAGAAUCAGCUUAUGUUUGUUCUGGUCAGAAAGUUCAAGGCCAUUUUCAGAGGUUGGGAUCUGAGCCAUGCUUUACGUUGAUCUGAAACUCAGCUAGAUGUUUUGUAGAUUUGUGUAUUUUGUGAUGAAUUUAUCACAAACCUAAAGCUCUUUUUAUGGCCUCUUGCCUGAGACUGAAGUGCACAAGUGAUUGUUAAAUUCUAUUGUUGUGUCAAACAAGCGAUUUGUUGAUGUCAAAAAGUGUUAAACUGUAUGAAUUGCUCUCUAAGUGUGAUUUUAUAUUCAGUUAUUCCAAUCAGGACAUUAUUAUGUCUUUCCUUUCAUUUUUGCGACUGGUGGACCAAAAUUUAAAGGCAAUUUUCUGGUUUUGAAAAGAUAAGAGUUGAUGUUCUUUAUAAAGUGUGAUGAUUAUUUUUGCAUGAUAUAGUCAUUAAAAUCAUCCUGGGCAUUGA